UUUCAGUCCUUUCAAGUGACUGUAACUGGGAAAAGAAGAAAGAGAAACACUUGCCAUGAAGUGGACACUGAAUGUUUCUUUGCAGAGAUGGAUACAUCUCCCUUUCUUGUUUCUCUGCAGUGAAGUCUACUUCCUUUAUUCCUUUUUGUAAAGGAUGUGGUCGCUCAAGUCUUACAACUGUGAGCAAUGUGGGAAUGAUUUCAUCAGCCGUACAGCCUUGAGGUAUCAUUUCCGAGCUAAGCACCUUGGAAAAGUUAAUUGUGAAAAAUGUGGUAAAGUAGUUUUAAAAGAGAUGCUUCAGAAUCAUGAAGAGGAAGACCAGUGAGAAACCAGUGUGUUGCUGGGACAUGCCUCAGAAAAGGGAAGCAAAAUUUGUGGCCAGAGAGGUGUCAACCUCCUGUAGGAUGUGCCGAAGGCAAUUUGGAACAAUCCACAGUAGAGAGCACCAUGAGGAACAAGAUCAUCACUUCACAGCCAGCAAAAAAGCUCAAAUGUCCACUGGGUUUCCACCUGGGAACAUCUUGGAGUAUAGAACCCCACAAGAACUACAAGCAUUUGUGCAAGAAAAGCUUCGACCUAUCUCAGGCCCUGUGAGCAUUGUCUGUGCUGUAGAAAUAGAGGCAAUUAUUAGUGUGAUCAAGGAAUACUUCCCAUUACCAGUAACUCGUCUAAUCAAGGGAGGCUUGUAUAUAAAAGGAACGGAUACUCAAGUCUGGUCAGAAGUUGAUAUAGUGCUGUUUAGUGAAGCCUUUGAAAAUCUGGACGACUGCAAAAAGAAAUUGCCAGAAGUUAUAGAUGAUUUAGGAAAAAGACUGAAGAAGUCUUCAUGGGCCAGCAGGAUAACGAUGAAGAAAAGGACCCAGUUCUCCUUACGAUUUAAUUUCAAGUGCUGUAAGAAUCUCCACAGUCACUCAUUUGAUAUCAUGCCCUGUUAUGAAAUGCUGGGGCCUGCGCCAUCGACAAGUUUAAAAUGGAGCUUUUACCACAAGCUCUAUCUCUGCCACGAUGCUGACAAAAUCCAGCUGUACACGAUGUCUCUGCUGCCAUACCAGGUUGAGUUUAUCAAGGAAUCCACUGUGCAGGUGAAGGAUCUGAUGCGCUUGGUUAAGUAUUGGUUCAGGACUUCCUUUGCUAUGCCAACAGAACAAAAUAGGUUUCGCAGACUUCCUUCUUCCUAUGCUAUAGAGCUCAUCACAGUCUACAUCUGGCAGCUGGCUGGGAAACCAAUAUUUUUCAGCCUUGUUCAGGGCAUGAGAGCUAUUCUGAAACUCCUGGUUCAGUAUUCUGAAAUCUGCAUCAUUUGGUACAAACACUACAGCCCCCAUUGCACAACUUUCAAAAAGGUGUUGAAGAAACAAACCAGAAAACCUUUCAUAAACAGAGGGGCAGAUCAACAGGGAGUGCUUUUGUGUGGUUGCACCUCUGUUUUGGACCAUGCUGUGGAAGCAGCAGCUGGGGACUUUUACCGAAUUAGGCCAUUUGUUUUGGAUCCUGCAAACCCAACUUUUAAUGUGUGUGAGAACAGCAAUGCCUGGGAUGAAGUGGCUCAUGUAGCAAGACGGAGCCUUCUUAAGCCUCUUUUUAAUGGUGUACCAUCAAAGAAGCCCUGGCUUUUUACAAACAGCUGGUAAAAAACAGAUGGGCUGACACUGUCAGUAAAAGUCCUGUCUAAUAGGGCAUAUAAUUCAGGUCUUUUAAUAGGAAUAUUCCAAUACAUGGCAACAUGAAUAAAUCAGAAAGAAUGAGGGCAGGAUCUUUUUUUGUCUGUCCACUAAUUAAAGUAACUAAUAUUUUUUUGUCAUUACUGUGUAAUUAACUGAAUGCAAUACGUUAUUCUAUUCAGGGAAUUAAUUCUACUGUUGUGGUUUCAUGCCUUUGUGAAGAAGGAGCUGAAAGUUGUGUUUCCUAUUUCUUCCUUGCAGAGGUAAAGAGUUCAAGCACUGGAGCAAAGAGGGAAACAUUUUAUAGCCCUCUGGCUUUUAGUUGUUAUAAGCUACUAUAGUCUUUUGCUUCCCAGGUCCCUGGGGCAGCAAUGGAAUUCCAUAAAAUGUUUGAGCAUCCUUUACUUAAAUGUCCCAUUGAAAAAGUUCUGUGGUUGCACACUAAGAUGAUUUUAUAUCUCCAUAACAUCUGGCAACUCACUGUAUUGCAAUAUAUAAAUACAGGGAGGAUGUACAAUAGUCUCUCUCAAUACCUCAUUUAUUUCCAGAGAAUCUUGCUAACCACAUACCAGUAUCCCUUGAGUUCAAUAUCAGAAUAAGGUAUGAAAUAUAAAGAAUAGAUAAAUUAGUAUGCAGACUCUACCUAUUGUAUAUUCUAUGUAGGCAAUAACAGUUUUAGUUUGUGAUGAUAGACUGUUGUUGUAUUGGUACAACAUAAACUAUUGGGCCUACAACAGAAGAGUCCCCUGGGAAGAUGAGCUGGAGGGAGUGCAUGUUUUGCUAGAAUACUAAUAUUAAUUAGUAACAAAGGAAAAACAGGAUGAAGGGUAUAUGACAAACAUGCAAGGGAUCUGAUGCUCCAAAGUGCUUGAGCAGCAGGGGCAGGCAAAAGGUGAGGGAGAAACAUGACUGAAACUACAGGAAAACAGAAAUGUGGAAAGUAGUCAUCGUUUAUUUCCUCUGAGUUGAAUGCUGUGUCCACCAGAAAGCAGAUUACAUUAUUCAGUUACUUUGCAGUAGCACAAUGUGCUGUUAUGCAGAAUUUCACCAUUUCAGUAUUAAUUUGGCUUUGCAUAGCUGUAUUGAUUUCUCUAUGGAUGGAUCUUUCCCUUUCUUAGAAUGAAGUAGCUGUUAGGAAAAAUUAAACUUUCUAACAUUGGAAAAAUUAAACUUUUAGCUUUGAAAAGCUUGUCAGAAGUGAUCAGUCCAUUUUAGGUGUCCAGUAUAAGUGCUUAUUUCCACAUACAAGAGACAAAAGUGUACAUACAGUUUUUCCAAUACAUUGACAUUCAUGUUCUGCUAUUUUAAAUACUUUGUGGUGCUUAACCACCAUAUUGAUGGGAGUUAAAUGGGCAGUUAAAAUAAUCAUCAUACAUACAAAAUGGAGCUUGUGUAAUUUGCUGGUCCUGAUGCUGUGUAAGACUCAUUAUGCUUGCAGAAUUAUUGCAAACUUGAAGCCCACCCUGAAUAAAGGGGUUAAUGUUUUCUUAAUGAAAAGGGGAUGUAUUACGUUUGCUCUUAGAGCCAGACAGUUACAUAGUCUAUCCCUUGAUAAACCAGAAUAAUUAACAAUGCAGAUUUUUAGUUUCUAUGUCAGUGACAUAAUUGGCAAGAUUCCCAUUUAAGAAUUUGAAUUGUGCUUGUAGAUGUUCUCCAGUUUAAUAUGGUGAAAUGUUUCUGUAAGGUAGAUUUCUGUUUGUAGUAAACUCUCAUACUUGAUGGUUCCUCAUUAAAACAUAAGUUUCUUAAAUGAACAGAAAUAAAGAAAGAACAAAGUCAGAAUUAAAAAUACAUAAUCUUGGUCCUAACUGAUUCUGAAGCAGCAGCUGGUUUCUUUUCUAUCCUUCCGUAGAUGCUGCUGGGACACAUAAUAGAAAUGAUAGUUUUUCUUUCCCUCCCAGGAUACUUAGUGACUAAUUUCCACCCAAAGUCUGGGAAGGCUGGCAUUAAUCACAUUUUAUUUAUUCUAUUUACUUUGAUGUCAGCAGUCAACUGCGAAUGCGGUUCCAUUGUGGUAGGCAUUGUACAAACACAGAAUAAAGACAGCAUUCUCCCAAAGAAUUGAUAUGCAAAAAAACUGACACUGUAAAAUUCUUCUCUCUGAAGGUACGAUUAAGUUCUCUUGCUUCUAUCUCCUUCUAAGAGCAGAAACUCUAUCAUGCUUGUUGAACAACUCUUAGUUUACUCAGUACCUACCUGUACCCUAACUUUACUUACAUUUCUUUAAAAAAGUCAUAUAGUUUCAACAUACCCAUCUCUACUUCUUAAAAAUACACGACAAAAGUGUUAAGGCAGAAUUUUGUGAGAGGCAAACACUCUUGUGAAUAAUAUUGGACCAACUGCACAGUUCAAUAAAAGAUAUCACUCAUAAGAAUCCUUGCCCGUCACAUUUUCUGGACCAUCACAGCUACAAGAUCACUUCUACACUGCCAAGACAGGGAUUUGCUAGACUGAAGCUU